AUGUCCGUGGCACUCGCCAAAGAGGCCGAAUUUGGCCGCUUUCCUUUCGACCUCUUUGCUAUAGAAAAAUGGGAUAGGGAGGCCGAAUCGACACUAGAAGAAAGGAAACGCCAGUGGGAAAAGUUAGCAUGGGACUAUCAACGUUUGACUCUGAUUGAACGUUGGCCCUACUACAAGCAGACUUGGUCAGAAAAUACGCCUGCUGCAAGCCAAGACGAAGCUGAGCGGAUUCUUGGAAAUAACCAAACCCCCGCCGAGCGUAAUAUGAGUCUCGGCUCCUGCCAAGGCGGCUUCAAGCGAGUCUGGUUACGGACAUGCUAUGAUCCUACUAUCGCAGAGAAGUAA